UCGAAAUGCACCUGACUCCGAAAGAGAUUGACAAGCUGGUUGUGUCGCAAGUCGGCCAGCUUGCACAACGUAGAUUGGCACGCGGUGUCAAGCUAAACCACACCGAAGCGACGGCUUUGAUUGCGAGCGUUCUCCAAGAACUUAUCCGUGAUGGCAACCACUCAGUGGCAGAUCUCAUGUCGCUGGGCAAGACCAUCCUCGGCCGCCGCCAUGUCUUACCAUCCGUAGUCAACUCACUUGCCGAGCUUCAAGUAGAAGGAACCUUCCGCUGCGGUACCUAUCUGGUCACUGUUCACCACCCUAUCAGCUCGGAUGACGGCGAUCUCGAAAAGGCCCUGUAUGGCAGCUUCUUGCCUGUCCCGGACAAGCAUGUCUUCCCUCACGCCGACCCCUCCGAAUACGCUCCAGAAAAACAGCCCGGCGCCAUCAUCCCCGUCAAGAAUGGAAAGAUCGUCCUGAACAAGGACAGGAAGAGGAUACAAUUGAAGGUCGUCAGCAAGGGAGACCGUCCGAUCCAGGUCGGAUCGCACUACCACUUUGUCGAGACAAACCCCCUACUUGAUUUCGAUCGUGUCAGAGCACUAGGCUACAGACUGGAUAUUGCUGCCGGAACCUCCGUUCGUUUCGAACCUGGUGACACCAAGACUGUCAACCUCGUUCAGAUUGGAGGCAAUCAAAUAAUCAAUGGAGGCAAUGGCCUCGCCUCUGGUUCCCUUCACGAUGCCAGAAUCGCUGAAGGCCUCGUCGAGAAGCUGCAGAAAGGCGGCUUCCACCACACUCCCGAGCCUGCUGGUGACUCUGCUCAUCUGGACAUGUUUACUCUCGAACGUGAAGCCUAUAUUUCCAUGUUUGGUCCUACUACUGGUGAUCUUGUCCGCUUGGGUGCCACUGAUCUCUGGAUCAAAGUCGAGAAAGACUACACUCAGUACGGUGAUGAGUGCACCUUUGGAGGUGGUAAGAGUAUUCGUGAUGGCAUGGGCCAAGCUUCUGGACGUUCAGACAUCGACUGCUUGGAUUUGGUUCUGACCAACGCUCUGAUUGUUGAUUACACUGGUAUCUACAAGGCCGACAUUGGUGUCAAGAACGGCAUUAUUGUAGGUAUUGGCAAGGCAGGUAAUCCAGAUGUCAUGGAAGGUGUCGAUCCUAACAUGGUUGUCGGAUCCAAUACGGAUGUCAUUGCAGCCGAAAAGGACAUUGUCACUUAUGGUGGCUUCGACAGUCACAUUCAUUUCAUCUGUCCUCAGCAGGCUCCUGAGUCUCUUGCUGCAGGUGUUACCACCAUUUUGGGAGGUGGCACUGGGCCUAGCACUGGUUCAAAUGCUACAACCUGCACACCUAGUGCGUGGUUGAUCGAAAGUAUGCUUCAGGCUACCGAUGUUAUUCCGCUCAACGUCGGUAUCACCGGUAAGGGUAACGACAGCGAGCCUGGUCCUUUGCGCGAACAAGUUGAGGCUGGUGUUUGCGGUCUGAAGCUCCACGAGGAUUGGGGAACCACUCCCAAGGUCAUCGACACUUGCCUGAGUGUAUGCGAUGAACACGACAUCCAGACCUUGAUCCACACUGAUACUCUGAACGAGUCUGGCUUCGUCGAAACUACUGUCGCAGCGUUCAAGGGCCGCACUAUCCACAGUUACCACACCGAGGGAGCAGGUGGUGGUCACGCGCCAGACAUUAUUUCAGUCGUUGAGCAUGAAAACGUUCUUCCGUCCAGUACAAACCCCACCAGACCUUAUACUAAUAACACACUUGAUGAGCACCUGGAUAUGCUCAUGGUCUGUCACCAUCUGUCGCGCAACAUCCCCGAAGAUGUUGCGUUUGCCGAAAGUCGAAUCCGCGCCGAGACAAUCGCAGCCGAAGACGUUUUGCACGAUCUAGGUGCCAUCAGCAUGAUGAGUUCCGACUCACAAGCCAUGGGCCGCUGCGGAGAAGUCAUCCUCCGCACCUGGAACACAGCACACAAGAACAAACUGCAACGAGGAUACUUGGCCGAAGACGAAGGCACCGGCGCAGAUAACUUCCGUGUCAAGCGCUACAUUUCCAAAUACACCAUCAAUCCAGCAAUUGCCCAGGGAAUGUCGCACAUCAUCGGCUCCAUCGAAGUCGGCAAAUUGGCUGAUCUUGUUCUUUGGCAUCCGUCCAAGUUUGGCACCAAGCCUACACAGGUUAUCAAGGGUGGUAUGGUGGCUUACAGUUUGAUGGGUGAUGCCAAUGCUAGUAUCCCUACUGUAGAGCCCUUGAUGAUGAGACCCAUGUUUGGCGCCUCUGUCCCUCACAACAGUAUUGCCUUUGUCAGCAAGGCUGCACAGGCCAAGGGCGUGCGCAACAAGUGUGGUCUGAGGAAGAGAGUGGAAGCUGUCAUGAACUGCAGAAAUAUCGGCAAGUCCAAUAUGAAGUUCAACGACGUCAAGCCCAAGAUGAAGGUUGAUGCGGAGAGCUAUACCGUAGAGGCGGAUGGAAUGAUCUGUGAGGCCGAGCCGUCGAGUGAAUUGCCUCUUGCUCAAACAUACUACUUGUAUUGAGGUGUGUCUACGGAAGCGGGGUUGAAGUGUGAUUAUGUUUCUGGAUUUGCAGUCACGACUGAAACGAACUCACUGUCGCGUUCAUAGUUUCCAUGUUCCUUCGCCUUAUUCAUGAACUGUAUUCUCUCUCGUCUCGGACUUGGGACUCUUUGCGUCCUCAAUGUAGAAAGCAUGAUCUUCCUAUGUGCAUGGUGUGAUCUAUUCUCGAGGUCGGGGGUGUAUCAAGCU